AUAAAAAAUUGCAUAUAUGCUCAUUUAAAAACCAAGUUGUCAAAAGUAUUUGUCGUCGUAUAUCCUACGUAUGUAUGUAUAUAACUAUGUAUAGGCAUGGCUGAAGAUUUAAUCAGAACAUUUGUGGACGACACCUGAUGAAAUGCUCCAAAUGCUAUGUAUGUAUGUAUAUAAAGGCAUGGAAGCUAUGUAUGUAUGUAUAUAUAGGCAUGGAUGAACAUUUAAUCAGAACAUUUGAGGACGACACCUGAUGAAAUGCUCCAAAUGCAAAUCUAUUACAAAAACCAUAAAAAACACAAAUUGGUUGCUAAUUAAAUAUUGAUUAAUUAUCAAAAAAAUGAAUCAAUAUUAAAAAUUCCGAGGGGAUAAGACAAGUGGCAGGCCUUGAACCAAGGGAUAUAGGGAUAGAUAUUUUUGCCUAGUUAAAAAUAUAAAAUAAGACAAUAAAAUAAAGAGCUUGAAAAAGGAAACUAAAAAAGAAAAGUUGGGAUGCUAUUAGCAAGUGAUAAAAUAGACUACCAAAAGGAAUAAAAGAAAGGAGUGGAUCAAGGAAAAGUUGACUAGCUCUAUGGGCAGGUGGCAGGGCAGGAGCCAGUUGCUCUGUUGAAUUAACAAUCUCUGUACUCUUUCCGUAAAUUUAUCUUCUACUUUAUGCUUGUUCCAAGUCUCCCAUCUAGCCCUAGGGCUUCCAGUUUAAGUUACUGUAUGUAUAUCAUCUUCAUCCUCACAAUUACGCUUGAGCCUUCUUCUAUACGUAGCCAUUCUCUUCGGGUCACCAGUUUUCACUUCAUUCAUUCUCUCUCUCUCUGUCAAAGUCAAAGGCGGUCUCUCAAUCUCAAACCACCAGUUUCUUUGACUCUAUCUUUAUGUUGAUCCUCACAAAUAAGCCACCAUUUUCCACUCUCUCUUCAAAUCAGCUAAUUGCUCACUCUUUGUGAGAAAAGCAAGUUUGGUUUGUAUAUAUAUCAUUGCCUUCAUUUUCCUCAUCACAUAGAAGAUUAUAUCCAUCCACUAAUGUCUCGCUCUCAUGCAUUAACUUGCAUUUUUUGAAUCUUUAUCCUUUUACCUUACUCUCCGUUCAACAGCAGUAAAUCAUCAUGGUAUCUUUUUUCUUUCGCUACAUGUAUAUUCCACAAUGGUUUUAGUUUCCCUAUCUCGUUUCUUGUUAUUGGAAAAAAACAAAGACCAUGCAUGCCACAAUGUAUGGAUCAUAUAUAAGAAAUAAUUCCCAUAUCCAUGACUUACCAGAUGUAAUUCUCUCCAACAUUUUCAACUUGGUUGCUGAUACUCGUACUAGAAAUGCACUGUCCCUUGUUUGUCUCAAAUGGAAAGUGUUAGAGCGUGCAACACGCAAAUCUAUCACUCUACGUGGCAAUAUCCGCAAUCUUUUCCUCCUCCCUACUUGUUUUCAAGCUGUCACCAAUCUUGAUCUCUCUUUUCUUUCCCCUUGGGGAUAUCCAUUAUUUGAAUCAUCCCCAAACGCAUCAAUUCUUGCUCAGCUAUUCCGCCGAGCCUUCCCUUCAAUUGUUUCUCUAACUAUUUACGUCCGAACUCCAACAACUCUCCAUCUUCUUGCUCCUCAAUGGCCAAAUCUACGCCAUAUAAAGCUUGUCCGCUGGCAUCAGCGUUUAUCCUCUCCUUUUGGCUCUGAUUUUCUCCCACUGCUUCAGCAUUGCUCUUCGCUGUCUUCCCUUGACCUCUCUCAAUUCUAUUUCUGGACGGAAGAUCUUCCACCAGCUCUAGAAGCUCACCCUGAAGUUGCAGCUUCACUCUGCCACUUGAACAUUCUAACCCACUCUUCCGUUGCAGAGUUCAAGUCCCAUGAGCUUCUUGCAAUAACGGCUGCCUGUCCGAAUCUCCGCCAGUUACUUGCAACCUGUAUAUUUGAUCACAGGUUCAAUGGUUUUGUAGGGGAUGAGACUUUGCUUGCUCUUGCUUCAAAUUGUCCUUGCCUUUCCCUUCUUCACCUUGCUGAUUCUACUUCAACGUAUAGGGCUGACCCAGAUGACGAAGAAGGAUACACUCCAGAAGAUGCUAGAAUUAGCCAUGCUACACUCGGUGACUUUUUUGCUGCAUUGCCAUUGCUAGAAGAGUUGGUUCUUGAUGUUUGUCAUAAUGUUAGAGACACAGGGAUGUCGCUGGAGCUGCUCGCUUCCAAGUGCCCGCGUCUUAAAUCUUUGAAGCUGAGACACUUCCAUGGGAUGUGCAUGGGAAUAGAUUCUCAGCCAGGAGGCAUUGCACUCUGCAGAGGUUUGCAAUCUUUAUCCAUUGGUAACUCUGCCGAUUUAACUGAUUCUAGCUUGAUAGCUAUUUCACUUGGCUGUCCAAGACUUGCCAAGUUUGAGGUCUACGGAUGCCAGGAGAUCACAGAAAUGGGGAUGAGGAUAUCAGCUUCUAAUCUUCAGAAAACGUUGAUUGAUGUGAGGAUCUCUAGCUGCAAGAAUUUUAAUGCUCUAUGCACACUGAAGGCUUUGCAACCAAUCCAGGACCAGAUACAGAGACUGCACAUUGAUGGUGCGUGGGAGGGCCUCCAACAGUCUGAUGGGGAGACUGGCAGUUCCAAUAAUCAACCUGUGGGAUCCAAGAACCUCCAAACUGAAAAGCAAAAAUUCACAGGGAAAGAAACAUCCUUAAAGAAGAGACUCAAAUGCCAUUCGGACGAGGACUGUUCUUACUCUCAAAGUGGUGGAAGUGGAGAUCCUAUUUCUUCAAAAACUUGGGGAAAGCUGAAAUAUCUUUCUCUUUGGUUCGCCGUUGGUGAAUUGAUGACAACAUUAGCUUUAGUGGGGUUGGAGGACUGCCCAGUGCUAGAAGAGAUUCAAAUAAAAAUCGAAGGUGACUGCAGGAAUCAACCAAGACCUCACAUGGCUGCAUUCGGACUAAGCUCUCUCAGGUGCUUUCCUCGGCUCUCAAAGAUGCGACUGGACUGUGGAGGAGCAACUGGUUAUGUUCUUACUGCUCCCUCGGGGUCUGUUGAUUUGAGCAUGUGGGAGAGGUUUUUUCUCAAUGGAAUUGGCAGCUUGAAACUUGUUGAAUUAGAUUAUUGGCCUCCACAAGAUACAGAUUUUAAUCGUAGAAGUCUCUCUCUCCCUGCAGCAGGAUUCCUUGCACAGUGCACGACUCUAAGAAAACUUUUCAUUCAUGGCACAGCUAAUGAACACUUCAUGAUGUAUUUGCUAAAGAUACCCACUCUUAGAGAUGCACAGUUAAGAGAGGAUUACUAUCCUGCACCGGAGAAUGAUUCAAGCACCGAGAUGAGAAUAGACUCGUGUAGUAGAUUUGAGGAAGCUCUUAACCGCCGUCGGAUCCCUGACUGAAAAUCAGAAGCCCAAAUUAAGCUUAUGAAUUUGAAGCUUAAGAGUGUUGGCAAUAAUUCUGUACAGAAGAUCAAGAUUAUUAUAACCUGCUUUCAUGCUUGAAGUAGCCUGGUCUUAUCAUUUCAUGCCUAAAGCCAAGUUUUAAAGAAUAACAGAUAUGAAAGCAUAUAUAUGACAUAAACAAACUGAUAACAAAGCAUCUUUACUGCACAAAAACAAAUCUGUCAGUUUGCUCCUAGACUGACGACUACUUUUACCAAUCUUUUUCCUUUUUCAAUUUUUUUUUUUUUUUUUUUUUUUUUUUUUGUUGUUUUUUAACAUGGCAGGAAAAGCCCCAAACGGACCCUAAAUUUACCAUUCAAAUUAGCAACAAGGUAUGCAAUUCUAGGAUGUAUCCCACAGAUUUAAAAUUACCAUUUUCAAGUAAGCAAAACUGAAAGCAUAUCUAGAAGACAAGACUUCAAGUACCAACACUUCUACUCAUGUAUGAGUGGAUUGUAUUCACUCGAACAUAUUCUGAAGAUUUGACAUUCUUUAAAGUAGUUCUUCUAGUCAUGUAUGAGUGGCUUGUAUUCAUUCAAAUUUAUUCUGAAGCUUAUCUUGCAGAAGAGACUUCAAGCACUAACACUUAUUCUACUCAAUGUAUGUGUAGAUUGUAUCCACUCAAACAUAUUCUGAAGACUUGACAUUCUUAAGUUACGUCUUCUACUCAUGUAUGAGUGGAUUGUACUCACUCAAACAUAUUCUGAAGAUUUGACAUUCUUACAGUACUCCUACUCACGUACGAGUGGAUUGCAUUCAUACAAACAUAUUCUGAAGAUUUGACAUUCAUGUAUGAGUGGAUCAUAUUCACUCAAACAUAGUCUGAAAAUCUGACAUUCAUGUAUGAGUAGAUGAUAUUCACUCAAACAUAUUCUGAAGAUUUGACAUUCUUAAAGUACUAUUACUCAUGUAUGAGUGGAUCGUAUUCACUCAAACGUAUUGCGAAGAUUUGACAUUCUCAAAGUGCUGAUAUAUUCACAAACUUUCCAUUAUUAUUCUUGUUCAUGUGACAACAAUAUGGACUUGCAACAGUUUUACUAUGAUGCAUUUGUACUUUGUUAAAAAUAUAUUUUUUUGCUGUUUCAUGAUCUCCUUCAUUUACAUCUUCAAAUUAUUAAAGUUCUGAAUCCUGAUUCUCAACUUGUCAAAGACAGAUAUUUAUCUAUUAGUAACUAAUUAUAUAAACAUAUAUCACAUGAUCUCAUCACAACCAUUAGUAACUAAUUAUAUAAACAUAUAUCACAUGAUCUCAUCACAACCAUUGUUUAAUUAACAGGCAGUUGUUUGUUGUCAAUUACACCUUGGAAGCUAUAAGGGAAGACAAGCUUGAUUAGCAUAUUUUGGAAAUGCAUAACU